AUGUUUGUUGACGCAUAUAUGUUUAGUGGAAUGAGUCAAGAAUUCUUAGAUGCAUCUAAAGUACGGAGUACUCUCAUUGUGUUCUGUUGCACGUUGAGUUGUGUUGUGUUCUUACAGUGGUUGUUCCGGCUGAUUUGUCAAAUUAAAAAACUUCCCCCGGGGCCUUGGGGAGUACCGAUAUUCGGUUACCUUACGUUUAUUGGCCACGAGAAGCAUACGCAGUAUAUGAUAUUAGCUCGCAAAUAUGGUUCAUUAUUUAGUGCCAAGCUAGGUGCACAACUGACAGUGGUGAUCAGUGAUUAUAAAAUUAUUCGCGAAGCUUUCAAAACGGAAGAUUUUACUGGUCGACCGCACUCGCCUCUGUUAAAAACAUUAGGUGGUUUUGGUAUCAUCAACAGCGAAGGUCGGCUUUGGAAAGACCAACGUCGAUUUCUUCACGAAAAACUUCGCCAUUUUGGUAUGACAGUACUUGGGAAUAAGAAACAUCUAAUGGAACAUAGAAUCAUGCUCGAAGUUACCGAGUUACUAGCAGCGUUAAAUGGAGUGGGCAAUCAAUCGACUGACCUGAGUAAAUACUUGUCAGUCUCUGUUAGUAACGUAAUAUGUAACAUUAUAAUGUCGGUACGGUUUUCUCUGGAGGAUCCAAAAUUUAAACGUUUCAACUGGCUUAUUGAAGAAGGAAUGCGACUUUUUGGUGAAAUACAUACGAUAGAUUAUAUUCCUCAGAUUCAAUACCUUCCCGGUAACAUAAAUGCCAAGAACAAGAUAGCCAAAAAUCGACUGGAAAUGUUUGAUUUUUAUCGAGAAGUAAUAGAAGAGCAUAAGCAAACAUUUGACAAUAGCAACAUUCGUGAUAUUGUGGAUGCGUACUUAGACGAAAUUCAGAAAGCAAAAGACGAAGGACGUGAUUCGCAAUUGUUUGAAGGCAGAGAUCACGAAAUCCAAAUGAUGCAGGUGAUCGCGGAUCUUUUCUCAGCAGGUAUGGAAACGAUCAAGACAACUCUUCUUUGGUUAAACGUGUUUAUGCUGCGCCACCCGGACGCAAUGAAACGAGUUCAGGACGAACUGGACCAGGUAGUGGGUCGCAAUCGUUUGCCGAAAAUCGAAGACGUUCCGUACUUGCCCAUAACGGACUCUACCAUACUGGAAGUGAUGCGUAUUUCUAGCAUCGUUCCAUUGGCCACCACGCAUUCCCCCAAAAGUGACGUGAUUAUCAAUGGUUAUACUAUACCUGCCGGAUCCUACGUAGUACCGUUAAUCAACGGCGUUCAUAUGGACCCAACGCUAUGGGAUAAUCCAGAACAUUUCAAUCCAAACCGUUUUCUGGAUGCCGAAGGUAAAGUUCGUAAACCAGAAUAUUUCAUUCCGUUUGGUGUUGGACGUCGUCGAUGUCUGGGGGAUGUCCUUGCACGAAUGGAACUAUUUCUGUUCUUUGCCUCUAUUAUGCAUACGUUCACCAUCGAAUUGCCGGAGGAUGAGCCGAUGCCUAGUCUGAAAGGUAUUAUCGGUGUCACCAUAAGUCCACAGGCGUUUCGAGUAAACUUGAUUCCCCGACCACUGAACAUCGAUCUCGACAGAAUGCGAAAUAUUGGAUGCUACUGA